UAGGGAUAAGAAAGUAAAUUCAUAGUAUUCAUCUCUCUCCCGUCAUCUUCUUUCAUUUCUUUUUCUGGUUAUUUGUGUCGACCAAAAAAAAAACAGAGGAACUCACAAAGUUAUCAUGUGUCCUCUCUUGUUUUAGAAUUUUCUUCCCUAUUUUUCUAGAAACAUAUAUUAUUUGAUUGAAAAUGUAUUUACUUAUACAAACAGAUAAUAGUCAGUAUGUAAAUCUGGAGGCCCUUAAAAUUAUGGGGCCUAAAGCCCUAGCUUUAAUUGGAUUAUGCUCAAGCCGGCACUGCCCCGGAGUUCGAAGCCCGUCUUCCGCGGUUCAACUCUCUCGUUAUUUGUCAUGGGUGGCAUGGUUUGUGGCGAUGAGCUUUUAUGUAGUUGGUUUAUUGAUGAUCAAAAAUCAAGGUGACAAGUAUGAAUAUCGAGACAAUUUUCAAAGUUAUUACAACUGCAACGUUCUAAAGCCUGGUAUUUUCAGGGCGGGUGCUUCCUUUGCUCUUACUAGCAUCGUACUAGAGGUUGUUUAUUUAGUUGUAGCACAACAUCAAACCGAAAAGACCGCAUCUGAUCCAUCAACCGUAGUUGUAGCACAACAUCAAACUGAAAAGACUGCAUCUGAUCCAUCAACCGACCAACGUUCUAUUAUAGCAAUGUGUUAAUAUUCCCAAAAAUCUAUAUUUAGGGGUGUUUUUGACCGAUGCUGGUGUGUAAUCAAUUUUAUAAUUAUGUAAUUGCAAAAAAAAUGUAUUAUGAUCCGUCUUAAAUUAAUUGUGCUUUUGUAAACAAGUUGCAACUAUGACCCGUUGAGAU